GCGGCGCUGAGGCGGCUGGGAGCGCGGCGGCGGCGGCGUGCGCGGGCACGAGCGACGGGCCUGCCUCGGGCUCAGGCGCGGCGGGUGCGCGAGACGCGGGCUGUUGUGCUCCCGGUUCUGCUCGGUCCCUCCUCGGCGGCUGGCGGAGGCCCCAAGCGCUGCGGGGCGCGUCCCUUCCUUCCCUGCUCGUCCUGCCAGGCUCCUCUCGCGCUGCGCGGUCUCUCGGACGCCAGACCGGCCCGGCCCGGAUAUGGCUCGUGGACAGCAGAAGAUUCAGUCUCAGCAGAAAAAUGCCAAAAAGCAGGCUGGACAAAAGAAGAAACAAGGACACGACCAAAAGGCUGCUGCCAAAGCUGCCUUAAUAUACACCUGCACAGUCUGUAGGACACAAAUGCCAGACCCUAAGACCUUCAAGCAGCACUUUGAGAGUAAACACCCUAAGACUCCACUUCCUCCAGAGCUGGCUGAUGUUCAGGCAUAAAGCUUACAGGUGAACUCAUGACACCUUGACUCUUCUACUGUCUCAGACCUUAGGUAAUAAACCUGCAGCUGCUUUUUUAAACAAACUGUUGAUCAGCAAAAAUAAAGGGGCUACAGAAACACUCAUUUUUAUGCUGUUCCCUUUGGGCUUCAUGCAAAGACAAUUCUGUGUAAGUGUACAGUCGACUCUGAUUUGGAAAUCUGAAAAAUCAGUCCAUUCUUGUUAUAAAAUUUUUUUACAAUUGUAAUUAUAUUGAUGUUCAUAUUGUGUAAAAUAACUCAUUUAAUAAAGUAGUGCUUUGAUUUUACAACAUCACAAGAUAAAUGGUUCUAGGAAUUCUGUUCUAACUUAUUAUUUGCCUUAUAAAAAUGAAUUGAUCAGCUAGUGUUGCAGAGCAGUCCUCUCCCUUCUCAGCUCAGUGGCAGGUUUGUUAAACUAGAGCAGACUCAUUCAUUCAGUGUGCACGUGAUUUCUUGGCAGCCGAUACAGGUUAGAGAAGCUGAUCUGCUGCUUCAGUGUAUUUGCAGUCACAGGUCAUUCCCCACUUCCGAUCAUGUCCUCUGUCUAAGGUUGAAAACGUCAAACUUGUUCAGUGGAUUGGCUCCACUAGCCAUCUGGGAGUGCAUUGUAGGUGUAACAGACACAAUCCAUAAAAUUAGCAGGAUUGCCAGUGAGCCCUUCUGCAUGCCUGUAUCCCAAAGCGUGUGCUGGAACGAAAUGGUCUGUUUGGACAAAGUACGAUGGAACAAGGGUGAACCAUCAGGAUCUAUGUCUUAUAUAUAGUGAGUAUUUUGCAAAUUGUUCCAAUUCUUUAAUUUGAAAAUGAACCAUAAUUUUUGAGAGAGAUUUUAAAAGUUAUUUAGCUAAUUUUAUGAAUGGAUUUUUACAUUUAGCAGAAAGAUAGAAAUGGUUUGUGCCAAGUUAAUUCCCAGAACAUUCUUUUUUUUUUUAAGUAAAACCUAGUUUUAUGAACUUAGUGCUGGCUCCUAAAAUCAAAGAGAAGUUUUGACUUCUAAAAUGUACCAGUGUUCACAUUGGUUCAGUUGGAUAAGGCAGAUUCUGCAAGUUAAGGAAGACUAGUUCUGGUCUAGUUUUCUUUUGUUGCAAAUCUGUAAUAAUUCAGUUUAAGUUUAAAAAUGGAUGUAAUCAGAAGAGCAUUAAUACGCGCUGACAGCUACUUAGAGCUGCGCAUGUGACCUGUGCAUGACAGAUGGUUCCCCUCUGACUGCCGUGGCCUUGGCAUUUGGUCCCCAGCCUCACUAAGUACGGUCCUGUUACUCUAUUUAAUUCCUGCCUCUCAGACUUGGUGUCCAUUGUUUCCUAAAGUGUUGCUGACCAAAAUAAGAGUUUUACCUGUUUCUUGUGGGCCUCCCAAGUUAGUGACAGUUUAGAGCUUUAGGAAGCACCUUCCGCAGGUGGACAUUGGUUUUCAGAAAUGAGCCUGUUCGCAAGCUUCAGUUUAAUUCUUUUUGUUUGUUUUCAUGUCUGUAAUUCACAAUAAAACCUUUCGAUCUUGUAUUUAACUGUUGUGUAAGCAGCGAAAGACGCCGUUUUCACUCUGUAUCUCAGUGACAGGGAAUAGUUGAUGGGUCUUCACGCUCAGCAUGGCCCUCUUCUGUGUCAGUUAGAUUUGUUGUAAGGAGAAAAGCGACAGCAGACGGAUUUGUUACGGUGUCUUCAAAGGUGACAUCAAAUAGCGAGAGGGGAUCGAUCUGUUGUACUCUGUAUUUAUGUCAGUUGUCAAAGGGAACGGGGUUCACAUUCAGCUUGUUUCCAUGCUCAUCCCCAUGUUUAGCUGACACAUUUGGGACCUCACGUGUGCUGUAAUGUCUUAUUAAAGAAGAUGUUAAAGAAA